CAGUAACAAUAAAUUUCGAAUCACAUAUGAGUUCGUAAAAAAUCUUACAAUCAAUCUCGAUUUAGAGAUGAGUUCGUUUAAUUUCUUGGUUUCCUGCUUCCUUGUCUUUUUUCCGGUUUCGGGUACAUGCCAAACAUUAGCAUACUGUCGAUAUCCUCUGUCAUGUGGUGUCGGGGAACCUCAAAUCCGAUUCCCUUUUGCUUUAUAUGGCCGUCAGAGUAAGUCAUGCGGUAACUCGGGCUAUGAUCUUUCCUGCAACAGUUCAAAUAAAACAGUCCUGCAGCUGCCAUACUCUGAACCAUUUUUUGUCAAGGAAAUCAAUUAUGCUUCACAUGAAAUGAAAAUCUAUGACCCUGAUAACUGUCUCACAAGGCGUCUCCUAAAGCUACGGUUCCCUUUGUUAUUCCCGUACAAGCUUGCUGGUUCAAAUCAGAAUUAUACCAUCCUUAAUUGCUCAUCAUCGUCUGUUGAUGUCACCAACACAUCUUCAUUAUAUACACCCAUUAGUUGCAUGAGUAGCUCCACCAACACCAUAUUGGCUACAGACGUCUCUAAUCCCAAUCUUCCAUUUAAAGCAACCUGCGAGAUAAUUGCAACGGUGUCAGCACCUGUCGUAAGGACAGUGGAUGGCCUUUCCUACAAAAUUAGUGAUGUUCUUAUUCUCAAAUGGCAGCUGCUCCCUGAUAGAUCACAAGGUACCAAAGUGACAGAAGCUGUUUAUGCACUUCUCGGUUUAUGCUUUGCAUUGGUACUAAUACUAGCAUUCACAUGCUGUAUUUGUCCGUGGGUCAUCGGAUUGUUCCGUGACCACCACCGCAGUUUGUUUCUAUCCGAUGGGAUUUUACUGCAGUCAACAGUUACGAACCAAGAAGUAAUCAUUAUCAGAACCGGCUUAGAUGAUGCAACUAUCAAAAGCUACCGAAGAAUACUUCUCGACGAGAAACUACAACUUCCCAAUCCAAAUGAUACUACAUGUUCGAUAUGUCUAUCGGAGUAUCGACCUACGGAGUCACUCAAGCUUAUACCACCGUGUAACCACUAUUUUCAUGCUACGUGCAUUGAUCCUUGGCUCCGUAUGCACACUACAUGUCCAGUUUGCCGGAAGUCUCUGCAACGCUCAGUAUUGCUUCCAACUGUUGGUGUCUGUUAGGUUUAGCUUUCUUUUCUUUUGCUUUCCUCCACCAUCAUUCAACCAGUAUUAUUGUUAUGUUUCAACUCCCUUGUCUAUUUGGAAGUUAUGUCUGCAGGAUGUCUUUUCUUAUAAAAUUCACAAUGGUCUUCCUUUUAUGACAUUCACCACUGUUGGAGUACAUUGAAGAGUUUGUUGGAGUGUGACCACUAUUUCCAUGCUGAUUGUAUUGAUGUUUGACUUCAUAUAAACUCAACAUGUCGUGUUCCGUAGGAAUUCUCCUGUUCGACGGUAAGAAGAAAAGACUCGGUCAUAUUCAAUUAUUAGUCGUCCCUUCGAGAUAUUCUUUUGUGACAUCAUA